CCUGAGUGCUGGGAUUAGAGACGUAUGCCAUCACCAUCUGGCUGUGUUGUGUUGUUUUUUAGGUUACACAAAGAAGAAUGAAGCCCAUCACCCACACACUAAGCCCUGAUUAAUAAUAUCCAUCAACAAUUAUCCUUCUCUUCUCUCAACUCUUCCAUUCUUUAGAGAGCCUCUUUGGGUUGCCCUUAAAUAAACUUUGCACUCAAAUUCUGGUCCUAGAGCUUGAUUUGGGAGGAAGGGAACUGAACCAACACAAGAAUGCCUUGAGAAUGUGGGGAAAAACAGAUUCUCUUCCUGUGAAAAAUAUGCCAUACUCUCAAGAAACCAGGGUGGGAUAUGGGGAAUAUUUGAAUAUAAGGAUCAGGGUUCCAGAACCAUUCCACAUUUCCUUUCCUCUCUUCCUCUAAAUGAUUAUCAAGGGAGUCACAGGCAUAAGUGGGAGAAAACCAUAAUUUUACUAAUAGUUUCAAAAGCAGAUUUCUGAGUUUGAGUCCAUCCUGGUCUACAAAGUGAGUUCCAGGGUAGCCAGGGCUAACAGAGAAACCUUGUCUCGAAAAACCAACAAAACAAAACAAAACAAACAAAAAACUCAACAAAACAAAACAACAACAACAAAAAAACCAAAAAAUCCUCCUCCUAUUUAAAGCACACUUUACAUAGCUGGCUCCCUUUGCUCCGGGUUCGCUGAGGUGAUGUCACGGCGUCACGGUCACACCCUUGAGACAUGCAAGCUGCGCCUUUCCUGUAUGGUGCUUUAUGAUUUAUAAGUACUUAUUUUUUUUAAGUUUUAUUUAUUUUAUGUAUGUGAGUACAUUGUAGUUCUCUUCGGACAUACCAGAGAAGGGCAUUGGAUCCCAUUGCAGACAGUUGUGAGCCACCAUGUGGUUGCUGGGAAUUGAACUCAGAACCUCUGGAAGUGCCAGUGCUCUUAACUGCUGAGCCAUCUCUCCAGCCCAAUUACUUAACUAUUAACUUAAAUGCUCCCUACUGCUUACUACAAAAACUCCAUACUCCAGCAAAAAAAAAAAAAAAAAAAAAAAAGGGGGGUGGGGGGACUAAGUCCCUGAUCACUGUUGUGAGAGUGCUCACAUGCAAGAUAUUUUAAAGGCUGAAUCUUGCUUGAGCUUAUGGCCUCAAAUACCCAAUUCCUGGCUUCCUUCCUCAUUAAAAUCAUGGUAUUUUAACCUCGACUAGGCCACAGAAAGUCAGGGACAGGGGAAACAAAAUGACCAGAUUUAUAGAGAAGGUUCCUGCUCUACCAAUCCACUGAGGUACAUGAAUGAGGAGGUAAGCAAGAACACAUUAAUGAAUGCACUAUAAUGUUAUCUAAUAAUAAUUAAGACCCAGUAUCUUGAAAUUUCACCAUGAAACUGGUAGUUCCUUUUCUUGGGGGAAGGGGAAAGAAGGCAGUCCCAAAUUCUAAGUUAUAUAAUUUAUUUUCAUGGUAAUGAAAGAAAAUUGUAAAGUGUAUCCGUGGUCCACAGAGCCCAACAAUUCCAGAUUAUUUUUGGCUUAUUGGUUUUCUAUUGGUACACACCAUGAAGAGUUCCAAUCUGUCCCCACUUCCUCUCGAUGUUACUUUUAUUCUUCUUCCAGCAAGAAAAAGUUAUCACACGCACUAAAUGUGUCACAAGUAGUGGCUGCAACAAAUUUCUUCCUUCCUUCCUUCCUUAUUUUUUUUUUUAAAGAUUUUAUUUAUUUUAUAUAUAUGAGUACACUGUAGCUGUAUUUAGACAUACCAAAUGAGGGCAUUGGAUCCCAUUUCAGAUGGUUGUGAGCCACCAUGUGGUUGCUGGGAAUUGACCUCAGGACCUCUGGAAGAGCAGUCAGUGCUCUCAACCACUGAGCCAUUUCUCCAGCCCUGAAACACAUUUCUACAGCAAGACCUUGCACCUUUGCCGGGUCUGGAAUAUUCUGUCCUCCCAUUUUCUGUUUGCUGAGAUCCCCUUAGCACUGUAAGGUCUGGCCCAAAUGGGACCUCUUCUUGAGAUGUUCCAUAAGUCCUAUCAACCAGACGCGCUCAUGGCCUUCCCACCGAAGAGCUCAGCAGUGCUGCUCAGCUGAACACUUUGUCCGCAGCGACCCUGUCCAGGUUGAUGUUUUAAUGUUUUGUUUCACCAAAGCGCGAUCUUCUAAGGCCAAGAAAACGGAACUUAUUUUUGUGAAGAUGACAAAAGCCAGGGCCGGGGGCCUAGAGCUGACCCCUAAGUCGCGUGACAGAAACCACUGAACAGUCAAGGCGCUGCCUGGGCAGAGACAACUAACCUAGGUCCCAGGCAGGUGCUGUUUCUUUAGACCCGAAGCGGAGAAAAGACAGAAACCGCUUCCUCCCGGAUCCUGGAGGCGGCGCUGAGUACUUCCGCCUUAGGAAAAAAAAAAAUGUCAUCACGGGCCGAGCUUCCGGCUCCACUCGGGAGCCCGCAAGACCUUUUAUCCUAGUUGGCCUUCGUCCGCGCACCCCACCCGGCCGCUCCCUCGGGCUUCUCCACACCCCGGGGCGCGGUUUGCACGUCUCGAGGGUGUGACCGUGACGCCGUGACGUCACCUCAGCGAACCCGGUCCUGAAAGGUUUUGGCGCUCGGUAGGAACUGGGAGUCAAGUUCCCGGAGGCGGGACUAACAUAUGACUGAUGUCCACACGCUCCAGUUGCCGUUCUCAUGCUUUCUCAAACCAACCAAUGAAUGCAAAGCAGAGAGGGCAACGCCCCUCCCUCAGCUUCUAGAGGAAGCGCCGCUCCUUCGGUUUAGCACUCAGUGGCCGCCAUGCUUGGUGUGGCUCCUCGUUCUGCGGCAGUUUGCUCUGUUUUGGCUUUCAGACGCCCUCAGUGAACUCCUCCACGAGCACUUCUGCUCUCUAACUAUCGACUUCCACUCUUUCCGGCUUCCUUCUCGCUUGCCUCUUGUCCGGCCACACUCAAGAUGGCGGCCGGGGGGCGGCGAGCCGCGGCCAGGCUUCCCCGGCGUGGUGACGUCAGCGCGCUGCGUGUCGGCAGGUGGAGGGAGAAGGGAAAGUUUGGCCCGUGCUUGGGGUUCGGGUGGAGGGCGGGACGGAGGGGCAGGGCUGGGUAGAAGCUUGUUUCGCGGUGCCGCGGAGGUUAAGGCCGGCUCGUGGGCUGGGCCGGGGACUGCGGGACGCGGAGCCGCGGGAGGCGAGGUCGGUCGCAGCCGCGCGUCUCCGCCUCGGGGCCGCGCUUGACCCGCGCGCCCCGGCGUUGUGCGCCCCAAGGCUGGGCCAAGCGGCGGGUUGGGGGCGGCGGCUGGGCGUGGGGAGGCGCGCGGCGAGGUGACCUGAGAGCCCGGAGCGUGAGGAGCACGGAGCCAGGCGCUGCAGCCGUCAUGUCCGAGGACUCGAGCGCCCUGCCCUGGUCCAUCAACAGGGACGACUACGAGCUGCAGGAGGUGAUAGGGAGUGGAGCAACUGCCGUGGUCCAAGCAGCUUACUGUGCCCCCAAAAAGGAGAGAGUGGCGAUCAAGCGGAUAAACCUGGAGAAGUGUCAGACCAGCAUGGAUGAGCUCCUGGUUCUGUUCUGGAUAUUAUUAAACACAUUGUGGCAAAGGGGGAACAUAAGAGUGGAGUUCUGGACGAGCCAACCAUUGCUACAAUCCUCCGAGAAGUCUUAGAAGGACUGGAGUACCUGCAUAAGAAUGGGCAGAUUCACAGAGAUGUGAAAGCUGGAAACAUUCUUCUAGGAGAAGACGGCUCUGUGCAGAUUGCAGAUUUCGGCGUCAGUGCUUUUUUAGCCACUGGUGGUGACAUUACCAGAAAUAAAGUGAGAAAAACGUUUGUUGGCACCCCGUGCUGGAUGGCACCCGAAGUUAUGGAGCAGGUUCGAGGUUAUGAUUUUAAAGCUGAUAUUUGGAGUUUUGGAAUCACUGCGAUUGAACUGGCCACAGGGGCAGCUCCUUAUCAUAAAUAUCCACCAAUGAAGGUUUUAAUGCUGACGCUCCAGAAUGAUCCUCCUUCUUUGGAAACUGGUGUUCAAGAUAAAGAAAUGCUGAAGAAAUAUGGAAAAUCAUUUAGAAAAAUGAUUUCAUUGUGCCUUCAAAAGGAUCCAGAAAAAAGGCCAACAGCAGCAGAACUGUUGAGGCACAAAUUUUUCCAGAAAGCAAAGAAUAAAGAAUUUCUUCAAGAAAAAAUACUCCAGAGAGCACCUACCAUUUCUGAAAGAUCUAAAAAGGUCCGCAGAGUCCCCGGCUCCAGUGGCCGUCUCCAUAAGACAGAGGACGGAGGCUGGGAGUGGAGUGACGAUGAGUUUGAUGAGGAGAGCGAGGAAGGGAGAGCUGCCAUUUCUCAGCUGAGGUCUCCCCGAGUAAAAGACUCAUUAUCCAGUUCUGAGCUCUUCGCGGCAGCUGAGCCCAUGGGGACUUUGCUUCAAGUUCCAGAACAGAUUUCUGCUCAUCUACCUCAGCCAGCUGGCCAGAUGCCCACACAGCCAGCUCAAGUCUCUCUCCUGCCCCCUGCAGAGCCAGCAAAACCAGCACAGGCUCAGUCUUCAGGAGAACGGUCCCAGGAGACCAAGAUCCCUAUCAGUCUAGUGCUAAGAUUAAGGAAUUCCAAAAAAGAACUAAAUGAUAUUCGAUUUGAAUUUACUCCUGGGAGAGAUACAGCAGAGGGUGUUUCUCAGGAGCUCAUUUCUGCUGGCCUGGUUGAUGGAAGGGAUUUAGUAAUAGUGGCAGCCAAUCUGCAGAAGAUUGUGGAAGAACCUCAGUCAAACCGAUCUGUCACUUUCAAACUGGCAUCUGGUGUUGAAGGCUCGGAUAUUCCUGAUGAUGGCAAACUGAUAGGAUUUGCCCAGCUCAGCAUCAGCUAAACCACAGACCUGGAAGAGUCAGCCUAGGAGAUGCCACACAUGCACAUGUCUGUUGCUUCUGUUGGCCUGAACCUACAACUGCCAAAGAACCCAGCAACAAACCUCCCAGCUUGGAGCUUUAGUUUUUUUCUUUGUUUUUCUUGCUGCCCUCCUCCCUGCCCCCCUUUUCUUACAAGGAAAGAAAAGUUGGAUCGUCAGUGGCCAGCCUCCCCUCAGAGAGUUCCGUUGGUAGAUACGCUGCUCAUGUCCCCUCUCCCUCCAUCUGAGAAGCAGAAGCGGCCAGUGUGCCUCAAGGCCCAGGAUGGAAGACUCUCAACUCAUUCUUGCCUUACUACAGUGAUGGUCCCAGUGGAUAGAGCAGCUGCACUGGGCAACCUCAUCUUGCCUGCUCUCCCGCACCUGCUGGGACAUGAGCAUCUUGGGAUAUCUCUUUAACACUCAAGUAGCAAUUAAAGUUGAUUGUUCAGCUGGAGCCCAGAGAAUUUAAUUACUGUUUUUUUCUUUGUACCUGAUGUGAAUUCUAGCAACCUUUGUUAGGAAAAAGCACAGCCUCGAAUGGAGGCAGCCUAAACUCUUGUCUGUCCUCUUCAUGGUGUCUCUUCCGUGUUUUGCUGAGCUGUUCUCAGGCACCCCCUCACUGCUCCCUCUUGAAAGGGUUGCUAGCCUUAACUUCAGCUGGUGCGAAACAUCUGACUGUUGUCAGACUCCAGCCAUCUGCUCCUGCAGCGUGCAGCUUUGGAUUGUUUGUGCAGAAAACAGCAAGCGAUGGCUGAUAAAUCUUAUCUUGCCAGAGGUAGUUUUUGAACAAGAAAAAGAACUUUGUAAAUCAUAUCAUUGGGAAAGUAUUUUCAAUAUUUAAAAAAAUUAAGCUGAAGAAAAACUGAUCUUUGAUCCUCCUGUGAAGAUGGACUUGCCUGGCCUUAGUCAUGUGGAAAUGGUGUACCCGGCUGAGAUUUUUACAGCAAUAAAGGGGACUCUCACUAGGCUAGAGGCCGCCUUCUGCUCCUCUCUUGCACUGACUCUGUGGAGGGGGUCUUCAUUCACUAAACUGACCCAGGAUGGAACACGAAACCACACGUGCCGUGACCUUUAGGUUUAUGAGUAGACAGUGUUAAUUUGAUUUUCUACAGGAAUUAUGUAACUUAUUCUUUAGGUUUAAAAAGAAUGCUCAAAGGCUAUACAGAGAAGCCCUGUAUCAAAAACCAAACCAAACAAACGAACAAGAUCAAUGCAAUAUGGGAAUAAUCAGUGAGGUUGGCUUUUUUCCCUACUGUUAAAUAGCAUUUGUCUAAUUGCUAAUAAGCCUGUCGUUACCAAAUUUUAUAUAAGAAUGGAAUAGUCAGUCUGGCCUUAAAGAGACACACAAAGAUGGGCUGUGAGCCCCUAGAAAGGGACUAGUUAGUUGCCUUUGAUAGAAUUCCUUGCACCUGCCAUUGUUGGUUUGAUGAACACGAUUAGGUACCCAGUGUGAUCCCACCCUCACCCCACCUCACCCAGAGCAAACCGUAGGACUGCUCCUAGAAGCAGCUCUGUUGACUUCUCUUGGAACACACCUGAACGCUUUCCUCAUUUCUAACCUGUGCCACCUCUUGUUUCGUUCAUGCUGAGCCUGUAGUUUCAGUCAUGGACUUUUGUACUGUUGAGUGCAAAGGCAUGUUGGGAAAGGUGUUGGGGAGGAAGAGAAGAUGGAUUUGAGAGGGGAGUUGGGAGACUAGAGAGUUCAAGGUCCCAGCAGGUUGGUAAAAGGAGGAGCCUACCAAGUUAGGAGGGAGAAAAAAGAUUAACCAGCUAGUUAGAAAACCAUUUAUUUUUCUUUCUUCUUUCCCCACUUGUUAGAGGUAGGGCUAUGAGGAAGCAAGGAUGGGAGGUGGGGUUGAGGUUUGGGAAGCAGGCAGCAAGCGUUACCUUUGCAGAAGACUCGUGUCUUGCUGUAGAAUCCAGUUUGGUUUCAGCAGCUUGACUUAAUGCACUUACAGGCUCAGGAAGGAAUUUGCUAUCACUGUUGUGGCUUUUGACUUGGGGUGGUCCAGUGCCAGGCUGGAAGUAAGCACAGCCCAUCUCCUGUUCACAUUCUCUAGACCGUCAUCACCUUUGCCCUGCUCUGGGGGACAGACAUGACAGUAAAAGUGUCCCGGGACUCUUUCCGUUCAUUGUUUGCUUUUUUGGCAACUAGGAGGUUGGCACUAAGACCCAGGACAAUGUUACUUCUCUGUGAUGUGUGGUGACUUCCCUCUGCUGGCUUAUGCAGUGAUGGUGAAUGAACCAGUCAGUGGAAAACUGCUGAGGUGGGACAGCUGGGAGCCAGGGAGCCGAAGCAGUGCUUCAGGGGGUACUGUCACUAAGCCCUCAAGAUACCCUUGUCCCUGAAGUAGGGACUAACUAUAGCACAAGAUAGUAUGUGCCAAUAUAGCCAAGAUAAUAUGUGAAAUGGUCUUUCUAAAUGAUUAAAGAAAUCAUUUGCGUUGGUUCUUGUUUUUUGUGUUUUCCCUCUAUUUUCAACCAAAUCCUAGAGCCAGCUGAGACUGCUGAGUAAUCUGAAGGCGAGAGCAAGGAUAUACCAGCGAGGUCAGCCCCUCUAGAAUGUUUGCUGGAUGGUGGAAGAUGUAAAAUAUUACCUUCUCCCUCUCCUCUUGACUUGUAUUUUACUGCAUGGUUUUUUUUUUUUCAUUUUUAAUCAAUAAAGAGUAAAUUGUCCUUAAUGAUA